AUGCAUGCCUCUAAUGCUUCUAAUUCCACCAAUGGUAAUUAUACUCCCUCUACACCAACUAGCCCAACUCCUAUUCCUGCAUCUGGUCUACUUAUCAUCCGGGUUAUUGAGGCACGUGGGAUCAUUUUACCACCUGGUAUAUCGACCCCUCAAAAUCCUCAACAAUUUGUUUCUGCCACUCCAACUUCUUCGUCAGCUUCUGCUAACACGCAUACUACACGAAGCAGUAAUAGAGAUAGCAUGCAGAGAAGACAAUGCUGGUGGUUACCUUAUGUUGUAUUAGAAUUUGAUAAGAAUGAAAUAUUGAUUGAUGCUUUGGGUGGUGAAGUACAAAAUCCUACUUGGCAAUAUAAAGCAAAUUUUGAUGUUUCACGUGAAUCAGAGGUAUCUCUACAAGUUUAUUUAAGAAAAGCAACUCAAACAGGACAUCACACAAAUGACAUGGGAAAUGAUGUAUUUUUAGGCGGUGUAAAAUUUUCACCUAAUUUCAAUGAACCAAACAGAUUACAUGAAGAAUGGUAUCCUAUUCAAGGAGGUUCGGGUAGUGUCCACGUAAACUUUACUUAUAAAAAAGAUAGUGCAAAUACACCUUUAAAAAUUGAUGCUUUCGAAUUGUUAAAAGUUAUUGGUAAAGGUAGUUUUGGAAAGAAAAGCUCAUAUUGUAUCUAG